AUGAAGUCCCUCACCUUCCUCACCGCAGCCUCGCUGCUCGCCUCCGCCCACGCCUGGACCUUCACCUACCGCAACGCCGACGGCAAAGCCUCCACCGUCUCGGGUGAGGGUCCGCAUCCUUGCAUCGAAGUCGACAAUGAAAAGGGCCAGGUCUUCGAGCUGGACGGCCAGGGCGAGAAGAACAUCAACAUGCUCAUGUUCACCACCCCCGACUGCUCCGGCAAGGCCGCCGGUAUGGCCACCGAAUCGUUCUCCAAGAAGGCCUCUGUCACUAUUCGCGGCUUCAAGGUCGUCUCGACCGCCGACGGUGGCAGCAGCAGCGGCAACAACUCAUCAGCCACGCACACGGCCACCGCGUCGUCGGCGGGAAAUGCUACCGUCACUUCGGGCCCUAGCUCGUCCGGGAAGACGGUGACGCUGUCGGAUGCGACGACUUCGACUGCAUCCGCUGCUAAGACGGCAGCGACGGUGGCGACCACGACACCUGCGACGACGGCUGCGGGUGCGUCAGGUGCUUCGGGCACUGCGGCGUCGGCCUCGCCGUCUGGUACUGCCUCUGGUGACUCGGGGGCUGUUGCGCUGGCGGGUAACUCUGUGAAUGUGUUCGGUGGUGUUGUGGUUGGCCUUGUGACGUUUGGAUGGUUGCUUCUGGUGUCAACCAUGAAGGUGCCAUGA